GCUGCGACCUUCGCUGCCUUUUCAGCUCCUCCACUCCAGCUGUCGAUUCUGUUCGAUUCUGUUCGCUUUGUCUCAGUUUAUUUUCAUCGUUCAACCUCGCCGGUUCAGCUGCGUCCGUUGUUUUUCAGUCGCCUAAUUAAGCCCUUACCUGUGUUCAGAUCGACUGCUUUUUCGGGGAUUUUCGGUGAAUUUAUUUCGGUCCGUAAUUAACGUGGGCUUACCUGUCCGCCCGCGGCAAUAGCAUUAAUAGCGUGACGCCGUCGUCAAAGUUGCCCUCCCAGCAAAAAAGCUCCCUGCCGUUUUCUAUUCAACCACUUUGCGUAUCUAAACUGAGCUCCUGCCAAGUGCUGGCUCCUCGGGGUCCUGCUGCUACUCACAAUUGCCGCCAGCUGGCCAACGGGGACAUUCGCCGCACCGCGAAGGGCUCGAGGACUCUCACUGAUCCUGCCGCAUCGCCAUCACCACCACCAGCACGCGAGGUCUACACCUUCGGAGCCCCCAAGACACGAGCCCAAUUUGAUAACGAACAAGACUGAGGGCAGGCCCUUUUGCAAGGACAUGAAUUACUCAGCGGAAAAGCGGUUGGAGCAACUCGAGUUGGCUCGCCAAGUGGCCAGUAACACCAAGAAGGCCGUCAUCUGCCUGACCAAUGAAUACUUGUCACAGUACGAAAUUAACAAAACCAUUGCCCAAAGAAUGCACAGUUUACAUUUUCACGAUCUGAGCCUGGAGCAUCCGCUGCAAUCUGAAGUGAAAAAGGUUGCCUUCAACAAGCAAACGGAGGAGUUCUCCUACACGGGCACUGUGGCCGAUGUCACCAACGAGCUGCCCGCCAUCAUCGAGACCCUGCUCGUCUUGCAGAACCUCUUCGAUCAGAUUGAGUUCAAGCACCAAAAGUGGCACUGCUACUUCUAUCACUUCAUGGACUUCUUCAGGCACAACAUCCAGGAAGCGCUGAAUGUGACCAACACGGAGCAAACGUGCAAUCCCAGGGAUGUGCAUUACAAUAGGGGCCACUUGGACCUGCCGUUCGUCUCGGCCGUGGAGACCAUUAAGGUGCUGACCAUCGUGGAAUACAAGUACGAGCAGCUGCUCAACCAGAGUUAAGUACACUAAUCCACCGAUCCGCAAAAAGCCAUACCAAAAAGAAUCGCCUCUAAUCACCCACUGCAAUCUCAAAACCAUCGUAUUUCGUAUCCAGUUUCGAAGACCCUUUUAUUUAUUAUAACUUAUUGACCCCAGCCCCCGCACAUCCAUUCGUAUUUAUAUCGCUUUCGCAUCCUAUUUAUAUACAUAUGUCACCAUACUCAUGCAACGCAUUCACCGCCUCGCAGGCUCGAUAAUUUAUGAAAACUAUAAAUUAAGUGGAUUUUUUUUAUACUAUUAUGUUAUUACUAUAAAUAAAUUAUUAUAUUAUAUAAUGGAAUCAGGGCUUUGUAUAAUAU